GAUACAGCAGGUCAGGAGCGGUUCCACGCCUUAGGGCCAAUCUACUACAGAGACUCCAAUGGAGCUAUAUUGGUCUAUGACAUCACAGAUGAGGACUCUUUCCAGAAGGUAGCUAUGAUCUCCUCAGGGAGAACAGCAGGGCUGUGGUCCAAAUGGCACCGUAUUCCCUAUACAGUGCACUACUUUUGACCAGUGCCCAUAGGGCUAUAGGGUGCUAUUAAGGACACUGCCUCUGAAGAGAAGAACAUCAUUGCAAAAAAUUAGUUACAUAGAAAUGUCCGAAUAUAUAUAUAUAUAUAUAUAUAUAUAUAUAUAUAUUACUGAAAUGUUUUGUUUGAUUUACAUAUUCAUAUUUAAUUUGCAUCAGUGUCUAUAUAUGUGUUCUAAUGUUGAAAUGUGUUUUCUUGAACUGUAAAUCGAUAUGAAAUGUAAUGUUUUGCUUUGUAGGUGAAAAACUGGGUCAAAGAAUUGAGGAAAAUGUUGGGGAAUGAGAUCUGUUUAUGUAUAGUAGGUAAGUUACUGCAGACCAUGGCUAACCUUUCACCUUUCACCUUUCAACAUGUAUUUUAUUGUUUGUCACAUUUCACCGUGUUAAUGGAUCGAUCUUGAAGGUGCGCAGAGAAUUUAGUUUAGUUACGGGCCCUGUAAUUAAAUAGACAUCCUAAUAAUUUCAUAACGUUGCCAGGAUGAAGGGAGUCUAGAAUAUAGUUAGUUUGUCUCUGAUAUUCUGUUGCCUCCAAAUUUCAGUCACAUAAGACCGCUGUCAGACAGCUCAAUUUGCUUUAAACGCAUCCCAUGGCUCUCUCUCCCUCUGAAAUGUCAAAACUGCAGCCUAGAACUUUCAACCCUGACGUUCACAAAGUUCUCUGACCAGGUAGACCAGCAGCUAGGGAACCUUUCAAAUGCAGGAAGAGUUGCAUGGAGGAAGUCAUUGUUGACUUUGUUGUGGUUACAUCCCCCACAAUAUUUAUGUGACAUCAUAACUAGAGCCCUUUAUGUGACAUCUUAACUAGAGCCCUUUAUGUGACAUCUUAACUAGAGCCCUUUAUGUGACAUCUUAACUAGAGCCCUUUAUGUGACAUCUUAACUAGAGCCCUUUAUGUGACAUCUUAACUAGAGCCCUUUAUGUGACAUCUUAACUAGAGCCCUUUAUGUGACAUCAUAACUAGAGCCCUUUAUGUGACAUCUUAACUACAGCCCUUUAUGUGACAUCUUAACUAGAGCCCUUUAUGUGACAUCAUAACUAGAGCCCUUUAUGUGACAUCAUAACUAGAGCCCUUUAUGUGACAUCAUAACUAGAGCCCUUUAUGUGACAUCAUAACUAGAGCCCUUUAUGUGACAUCAUAACUAGAGCCCUUUAUGUGACAUCAUAACUAGAGCCCUUUAUGUGACAUCUUAACUAGAGCCCUUUAUGUGACAUCAUAACAAGAGCCAUUUAUGUGACAUCAUAACUAGAGCCCUUUAUGUGACAUCAUAUUAGAGCCUUUAUGUGACAUCUUAACUAGAGCCUUUAUGUGACAUCUUAACUAGAGCCCUUAUGUGACAUCUUAACUAGAGCCCUUUAUGUGACAUCAUAACUCUAGAGCCCUUUAUGUGACAUCAUAACUCUAGAGCCCUUUAUGUGACCUCAUAACUAGAGCCCUUUAUGUGACCUCAUAACUAGAGCCCUUUAUGUGACCUCAUAACUAGAGCCUUUAUGUGACAUCUUAACUAGACCUUUAUGUGACAUCAUAACUAGAGCCCUUUAUUGACAUCAUAAUAGAGCCCUUUAUGUGACAUAAAACUAGAGCCCUUAUGUGACAUCAUAACUAGAGCCCUUUAUGUGACAUAAUAACUAGAGCCCUUUAGUGACAUCAUAACUAGAGCCCUUAUGUGACAUCAUAACUAGAGCCCUUUAUGUGACAUCAUAACUAGAGCCCUUUAUGUGACAUAAAACUCUAGAGCCCUUAUGUGACAUCUUAACUAGAGCCCUUUAUGUGACAUCAUAAUAGAGCCCUUUAUGUGACAUCAUAACUAGAGCCCUUUAUGUGACAUCUAACUAGAGCCCUUUAUGUGACAUCAUAACUAGAGCCCUUUAUGUGACAUCAUUAACUAGAGCCCGACCCAUAUGGGAGUUUUGGAUCCGAUGCCGAUUUUAGGGAGGCAAAAGUCACCGAUUGUGGCAUGAAAAACCGACUUCUUCUUUCUCACAAAUUGUGCUCCAAUGGAUUAACAGAUACUCUAAAUUUACAUUUACAUUUUAGUCAUUUAGCAGACGCUCUUAUCCAGAGCGACUUACAGGAGCAAUUAGGGUUAAGUGCCUUGCUUCAAGGGCACUAACGUCAUUUAGCAGACGCUCUUAGCCAGAGCGACUCACAAAUUGGUGCGUUCACCCUAUAGCCAGUGGGAUAACCACUUUACAAUUGGGGGGGGGGGGGGGGGGGGGGGGGGGGGGGGGGGGGGGGGUAGAAGGCUACCUUUAUCCUAUCCCAGGUAUUCUUAACUAAAUAUUAAAAUGGACACAUUAUUUAAGAACAUCUUAUUUGUGGUUUACAUGAUAUCCACCAAAAGGCAAAUAUAUCCUCAAAAAAUACAAAAGUAAAUACAAACUAGAAGGGCUGAAUGAAUUAAACUGUCUUAAAGUCAAUCUGAAACUGCACUGUUCACAACCAAGACCGUGAAAUGCCGUAACAUGCAGUUCGUAAUGUCACCACUAGAUGUCAGGUCAUGUAAAGAAACACUUCAUGGCAACCUUGCAAUGAGAGCUUGUUAAGGCAAGCACACGCUAGCUGUUAAUUAUGAAAAUGUUUUCUUACUGAAACAUCAUGUAAAUUACACUCUUAUUCAAUACAACAUUUUAUAUUUCAACUGAUGGCAUGUGCUGAUGACCGAAAAUGUUCAUGCAAGAAAAUCCUUUGCCACACUGGUUUUAGUCACACAUUCAAAUUUUAACUAGCUAGCUAACAAUCUUAGCUCAUCAUGAAUGCAAGCACAUGGCCUGAAUGAUAGAUCUGCGCCAAUUGUCUUGCUUUUUGCUAAUUGCAUAUUUCAGAAAACUAACUGAGUAAACCCACUAACAUAAUAGGUCCGGACAGUAACAGGUGUUCUUUUUGUAUCAAGGAUGACUGUUCACUUUAGCACCAGUUCAGUGUUCGCACAUAAGUAGCACAGAUUGCUAGCUAGCUAGGCUAACUACCUUGGUGGCUAGCUAGCCAGCUAACGUUACCAAAGUGAGAAUGUGAUGAGGACAUGGCUGCUUGCUUGGUGAAGUGUACUUUUAGAUGUUUUACUCAUUCAAAUAUGCUGUCGCUGGCUGUGGCAAACUACUCACUGUCAAACCACAAUGCCUACUCUCUCUCACGUUGUGAUUUAGGGCUGAAUGAUGUUCAGUGAGCAGCUCAGACGGAUUGGUUUAUUCUGUGUAUAUAUAUUAUCGGCGCUUUAGCUGUGGAAUAAAGAAACAAGUGUUUUUUUUUGUAAAAGGCUAAUAUUGGCUGAUAAUAUUGGUCAGACGAUUUAUCGUCUGGCUCUAAUCUUAACUACAUUAACUGCUGUAGUAAAGUUAUUUAAAUGUUUGUUUUCCCACGAAAAUUAGGAAGAAAAAUGACCAAAUACUGAACAAAAAUAUGAACGCAACAAUUUAAACGAUUUUUACAGAGUUACAGUUCAUAUAAGGAAAUCAGUCAAUUGAAAUAAAUAAAUUAGGCCCUAAUCUAUGGAUUUCACAUGACUGGGCAGGGGCGCAGCCAUGGGUGGGCCUGGGAGGGCAUAGGCCCACCCACUUGGGAGCCAGGCACAUCCACUGGGGGGCCUAGCCAAUCAGAAUGAUUUUUUUCACCACAAAAAAUGAUUUAUUACAGUCAGAAAUACCCCUCAGUUUCAUUGGCUGUCUGGGUGGCUGGUCUCAGACGAUCCCGCAGGUGAAGAAGUUGGAUGUGGAGGUCCUGGGCUGGCGUGGUUACAAGUGGUCUGCGGUUGUGAGGCCGAUUGGACAUACUGCCAAAUUCUAUAAAACGACGUUGGAUGCGGCUUAUGGUAGAGAAAUGAACAUUCAAUUCCCUGGCAAUAGCUCUGGUGGACAUUCCUGCAGUCAACAUGCCAAUUGCACGCUCCCUCAAAACUUGAGACUUCUGUGGCAUUGUGUUUUAGUGGCCUUUUAUUGUCCCCAGCACAAGGUGCACCUGUGUACACCUGUCAGGUGGAUGGAUUAUCUUGGCAAAGGAGAAAUGCUCACUAACAGGGAUGUAAACAAAUUUGUGCACAGAAUUUGAGAGAUAAGCUUUCUGUGCGUAUGGAACAUUUCAGGGAUCUUUUAUUUCAGCUUAUGAAACAUGGGACCAACACUUUACAUGUUGAGUUUUAUAUUUUUGUUCAGUGUACAGUACCAGUCAAACGUUUGGACACACCUACUCAUUCAAGGGUUGUUCUUUAUUUUUUACUAUUUUCUACAUUGUAGAAUAAUAGUGAAGACAUCAAAACUAUGAAAUAACACAUAUGGAAUCAUGUAGUAACCAAAAAAGUGUUAAAGGAAUCAAAAUAUAUUUGAGAUUCUUCAAAGUAGCCACCCUUUGCCUUGAUGACAGCUUUGCACACUCUUGGCAUUCUCUCAACCAGCUUCAUGAGGAAUGCUUUUCCAACAGUCUUGGAGUUCCCACAUAUGCUGAGCACUUGUUGGCUGCUUUUCCUUCACUCUGCGGUCCGACUCAUCCCAAACCAUCUCAAUUGGGUUGAGGUCGGGGGAUUGUGGAGGCCAGGUCAUCUGAUGCAGCACUCCAUCACUCUCCUUCUUUGUCAAAUAGCCCUUACACAGCCUGGAGGUGUGUCGGGUCAUUGUCCUGUUGAAAAACAAAUGAUAGUCCCACUAAGUGCAAACCAGAUGGGAUGGCGUAUCGCUGCAGAAUGCUGUGGUAGCCAUGCUGGUUAAGUGUGCCUUGAAUUCUAAAUAAAUCACACAGUGUCACCAACAAAGCACCAUCGCACCACCUCCAUGCUUCACAGUGGGAACCACACAUGCGGAGAUCAUCCAUUCACCUACUCUGCGUCUCACAAAGACAUGGCAGUUGGAACCAAAAAUCUCAAAUUUGGACUCAUCAGACCAAAGGACAGAUUUCCACCGGUCAAAUGUCCAUUGCUCGUGUUUCUUGGCCCAAGCAAGUCUCUUCUUCUUAUUGGUGUCCCUUUAGUAGUGGUUUCUUUGCAGCAAUCGACCAUGAAGGCCUGAUUCACGCGGUCUCCUCUGAACAGUUGUUGUUGAGAUGUGUCUGUUACUUGAACUCUGUGAAGCAUUUAUUUGAGCUGCAAUCUGAGGUGCAGUCAACUCUAAUGAACUUAUCCUCUGCAGCAGAGGUAACUCUGGGUCUUCCUUUCCUGUGGCGGUCCUCAUGAGAGUCAGUUUCAUCAUAGCGCUUGAUGGUUUUUGCAACUGCACUUGAAGAAACUUUCAAAGUUCUUGAAAUGUUCCAUAUUGACUGACCUUCAUGUCUUAAAGUAAUGAUGGACUGUCGUUUCUCUUUGCUUAUUUGAGCCAUAAUAUGGACUUUGUCUUUUACCAAAUAGGGCUAUCUUCUGGAUACCACCCCUACAACUGAUUGGCUCAAACGCAAGAGGGAAAGAAAUUCCACAAAUUAACUUUAAGAAGGCACAAUCAAUCAAUCAAUCAAUCAAUUUUAUUUUAUAUAGCCCUUCUUACAUCAGCUAAUAUCUCGAAGUGCUGUACAGAAACCCAGCCUAAAACCCCAAACAGCUAGUAAUGCAGGUGUAGAAGCACGGUGGCUAGGAAAAACUCCCUAGAAAGGCGAAAACCUAGGAAGAAACCUAGAGAGGAACCAGGCUAUGAGGGGUGGCCAGUCCUCUUCUGGCUGUGCCGGGUGGAGAUUAUAACAGAACCAUGCCAAGAUGUUCAAAAAUGUUCAUAAGUGACAAGCAUGGUCAAAUAAUAAUCAGGAAUAAAUCUCAGUUGGCUUUUCAUAGCCGAUCAUUAAGAGUUUAAAACAGCAGGUCUGGGACAGGUAGGGGUUCCAUAACCGCAGGCAGAACAGUUGAAACUGGAAUAGCAGCAAGGCCAGGCGGACUGGGGACAGCAAGGAGUCACCACGGCCGGUAGUCCCGACGUAUGGUCCUAGGGCUCAGGUCUCGCACACCUUUUAAUUGAAAUGCAUUCCAGGUGACUACCUCAUGAAGCUGGUUGAGAGAAUGCCAAGAGUGUGCAAAGCUGUCAUCAAGGCAAAGGGUGGCUACUUUGAAGAAUCUCAAAUAUAAAAUAUAUUUUGAUUUGUUUAACACUUUUUUGGUUACUACAUGAUUCCAUAUGUGUUAUUUCAUAGUUUUGAUGUCUUCACUAUUAUUCUACAAUGUUGAAACUAGUCAAACUAAAGAAAAAUCCUUGAUUGAGUAGGUGUCCAAACUUUUGACUGGUACUGUGUGUAUAUAUAUAUAUUUAUGUGUGGUGGUCAAUGACUUCUGCAUUGUAAAUCAUUAGUUAAACUCACUUUGUCAAGAUAAACAUGAUUGUUACAGGGUUCUAACCUCAAUGGGCUCUUCCUGGUUAAAUAAAGUAUUCUUGCAGUCUACGAGACGUACAGUUGGUGGUGCUAAUGUUAAAUAUACAGUGUGUGAUCUCUGAACUAAUACGUCCUCUUUGUUCUUCUCAUAGGUAAUAAAGUAGAUCUGGAGAAGGAGAGACAUGUAUCGGUGGAAGAGGCAGAAGGGUUCGUUUUCUCACUCUUCUCCUGUAACUUUACCGUAGAGACCUUGUACAGCAGGGCUGUUCAGUCUUAUCAUCCUAUGGUGCUAUACUGCUUUUGGAAUACAUUUACAUUACUCCUGAGUGGCGCAGUGGUCUAAGGCACUGCAUCACAGUGCUAACUGUGCCACUAGAGAUCCUGGUUCGAAUCCAGGCUCUGUCGCAGCCGGCCGCGACCGGGAGACUCAUGGACGGCGCACAAUUGGCCCAGCGUCGUCCAGGGUAGGGGAGGGAAUGGCCGGCAGGGAUGUAGCUCAGUUGAUAGAGCAUGGCGUUUGCAACGCCAGGGUUGUGGGUUUGAUUCCCACGGGGGGCCAGUAUAAAAAAAAUUAUGUAUUCACUAACUGUAAGUCGCUCUGGAUAAGAGCGUCUGCUAAAUGACAAAAAUGUAAAUGUAAAUGUAAAUUACCCUUUCAUGACGACGUCUAAACAGGAAGUCAACAGACUCCUUUGUUUGUGAGUGUUGAUGUAAUUGAAUGGUGAUUUGGUCUGAAUGUUGACAACUGAAUGGUGAUUGGUCUAACUGAUUGGUCUGUUUCUCUGUCGAUUCCUCUCCUCACAGGUAUGCAGAGUCAGUGGGGGCAAAACACUAUCACACGUCAGCCAAACUAAACAAAGGAAUAGAAGAACUAUUUCUGGACCUGUGUAAAAGUAAGCAGCCAUUCUGGCAUGUUAUGGAAUAGUGAUGAAUUUAAUGUCUCAGGUUGAGACAAAUAAAAUACUUGAAAUGAUUAUAUUACAAUGGACCAACUGGUAGGAUUUUGACUUCUGUUGGUAGGACUUCUGAAUUUAGUAGAUUUGGAAUUAAAGCUUUAGUUUGUAGGAUGUUUGGCUUUUGUUGGUAGUUGGACUUUCAGCUUCUGUUGGUAGGACUUUCAGCUUCUGUUGGUGGUAGGACUUUCAGCUUCUGUUGGUGGUAGGACUUUCAGCUUCUGUUGGUGGUAGGACUUUCAGCUUCUGUUGGUGGUAGGACUUUCAGCUUCUGUUGGUGGUAGGACUUUCAGCUUCUGUUGGUGGUAGGACUUUCAGCUUCUGUUGGUGGUAGGACUUUCAGCUUCUGUUGGUGGUAGGCUUUCAGCUUCUGUUGGUGGUAGGACUUUCAGCUUCUGUUGGUGGUAGGACUUUCAGCUUCUGUUGGUGGUAGGACUUUCAGCUCCUGUUGGUAGGACUUUCAGCUUAUGUUGGUGGUAGGACUUUCAGCUUCUGUUGGUGGUAGGACUUUCAGCUCCUGUUGGUAGGACUUUCAGCUUAUGUUGGUGGUAGGACUUUCAGCUUCUGUUGGUGGUAGGACUUUCAGCUUCUGUUGGUGGUAGGACUUUCAGCUUCUGUUGGUGGUAGGACUUUCAGCUUCUGUUGGUGGUAGGACUUUCAGCUUCUGUUGGUAGGACUUUGGCUCCCACAGGACUGACUGUCUCCCUGUUGUUGACAGGAAUGAUGGAGACGGCCCAAGCGGAGGAGAGGGCGAAGGGUAACGGAGCCAGCCAGUCAACAUCAUCACGGAGGGGGGUACAGAUCGUGGACGACGAGCCCCAAGCCGCCACGGCCGCGGGGGGCUGCUGCUCAUCCGCUUAA